AUGUGCGCGGCUUAUACCAAGGAGGGCAAGGAACAUAAUAUGUGGUUUUCAAGUCAAACUAGGCUUUCACUCACACUAAGACUUCAAGAACUCUACCUGGUGGCUACGUCUUCAGCCCAUGUGUUUGGUGGAUUGUCCUCAAUUCUGACAAAUAUUUGA